AUGGCAUUACCGGUAUUGAUCGUUGGAGCUGGCCUGGGGGGCAUUUGUCUAGCCCAAGCUCUAAAAAAGAACAACAUCCCAUUCAAACUAUUUGAACAAGAUGUGAAAAGCACUUUUCGUGCGCAGGGAUACAGACUACGAAUCACCAAGAACGGCGUCGACGCCUUGAAAGAGGCCCUGACACCCGAGCUUUUCACUCUAUUUGAAAAGACUUGUGCCGAUACACCCAGCUUUGGAGUUCGAAUCAAGCCUGAUGGAACACACCUACCCUCCCCUGCUGGGUUCGGACCACCUCCUGGCGCCCAGUCCAAAUCCUAUACAGUGGACAGGACGACCUUUCGCGAGGCCCUUCUGAGCGGACUUGAGGAACACGUUUUCUUCGGGAAGAGCCUUGAACAGUACACCAUUCACCCCGACAAAGUCACCAUAUCCUUUGCCGACGGAACUACAGAGGACGGAUCCCUCUUGGUGGGCGCUGAUGGUGUCCGCUCUCAAGUUCGCAAGCAGUACCUACCCUCGUUCCAAGGCCUGGAUACUGGCAUGCGAAUUAUCUUUGGAAAGACUCCGUCUACUCCAGAAUUUCUCGCUAAGCUUGAGGAAGAGUAUCGCCAUGGAAUGAGUCUUGUUCUCGAUCCUGAGGAUGCGUCUCAGCCGCGCGUGCUAUUUGAGUCGAUCAACUUUCCUUACGCAGAGGAAGUCACUGAACCGCAACUACCCGAUCCCUAUAUGUACUGGGUGCUCUGCACACAAAGUUCACAACUCCCCAUCUCUCGCGAGAAAUCGUGGCAUACAGGCCCACAAGAAUCAGCGGAUCUUUCGCGCAAGCUCACCAAUUCUUGGAGUCCAUCACUCCGAGCGAUCUUCGACAUGCAAGACACUAGUCAAUCAGCUAUUAGAUCAAUCUUGUCUGCUAUGCCGGAGAUCGCGCCCUGGGAGCCUUCUAGUCGGGUCACUCUGCUGGGCGAUGCCAUUCACGUCAUGCCUCCAACAGGUGCAAUGGGUGCCAACACCGCUUUACGAGAUGCAGCCGAUCUCGCACGCCGAAUUGCAUUAGCUGGUGGCGUUGAUGGGAUAGACCAGGCUGUCAUCGGAGACUACGAAGCUAGUUUGCGCGACUUUGCUAAAACGGCGAUUGAGCUGAGUUGGCAGGGGGGUAUGAAGAGCUUUGGGUUGAAGCCAGUGGACCAAUGCGAGAGGAUCAAGCUGUAA